AUGAUCCAAGCUGCGCGACUUUUUUUUGGUCUUUUUCCUGUGAGUUCUGCGAGCUGUGAUCUGCCGGUAGGGCAGAUCGAAGAGCUGACCUUACCCAAUGCGAGAUCCAAAAAAGAGACCUGGGCCACGGCCUUUGGAGUUUCUCCCGAAGAGUGGCGCUCCAUUGUGGCCGAUGUCCCUGCCCUGGAGCUGCGAAGUCUGCUGGAGAAAGGCUAUACGGACUGGGCCAGCCAUCUCCUAGCAGAGGAAAGCACCAGCUUGGACCUCCCACUGCGAAAAGACAAGAAACGUCUGCAGGCCGUGAAAUCGUUGACACAAGCCGCGCUGACCAGCUCCAGCCUUGGUGAAAUCUUUGGUAAUCGUCAGCUGGUUGAAGCAUCCGCGGCGUAUUUUUUGCUGGGCUUUGGUGAGAAGUUCGAGGCCGGAACGCGACAAGACAUGGAGAUGCUUUGGAAGCUCCACAGCAGGUUUGGGAUAUUGGACCUGAGCAACAAAAAGGACCGGGCCUGCACUGAACGCCUCCGCCGUGCGGUGGUUGAGCCCCAAAAUCUACAGCUGGGUCGUCUGUGUCGCUGUGAUCAGUUUUGGGUGUGUGGUGAGAAUGGGCUGAUUCGGGUGACGCUGUCCAAGCCCCAGCGGGUCAUGGAAAACCCAGAUGAAGCGUUGGACUUUGAAGUUGUGCCACUUCGCGGUGUCCGCAUUUUGGAGUUUCACAGUGGAAGGCUCCUUCACAAAGGUAUUCUGAAGCAACUGCUUGGCAUUUUUCCAAAUGUGCGAGUGAUGACGGUGCGCAUGCAGCAGGAACCCGUGGAUGUUCUGACUCUUCAGUCUUGGACAGCUUCUGUUUUCGGACUAAACGUCAUGAUAGCGUCAGCCGUUUUGCCUGACUGGAUCUGCGAGUUCCGCGACUUGCGGUAUCUUGACAUCAGUGGCAAUGACAGAAUCGAAGAUGGUGAGCACAUCUCAAUCAAGGCGUUGCCAGAUUGUCUGGGAAACCUUUCAGAAUUGCUUCAUUUGAAUGUCGUAGGCUGCAACCUGACAGGACAGGCCUCAUUGCCUAGCAGCCUCGGGAAUCUGCAGAAGCUACGUAUUUUUGAGGCGUUUGAGAAUGGAAGACUCAGUGACACGAAAGGGGACUGCCCACCGGCUUGGCUGUCGAACCGUAGCCAAUGUGUCCCGGGCUACGUGGCUCAAGAGGAUGGCACAGAAGCGGUUUGGCGUUGCCCGGUGCACGGCUGGAACAUCCGCUUCGACGACCUGACGCUGCCAUGGUGGAGAUGGCAGGCGAUUGAGAAGAUGCACAUCGAUGCCAACUUCAUCUACGGCGGCAUCCCCGAGACAUUGCCCGAGCAUUGGCCCAACCUGCGCUCAUUGGAUCUUCAUGAUCUUAAGCUGGAAGGUCCUCUGCCUCAAUCGUUGGAACGGCUUGAGAACCUCACUCAGCUCCAGGUGCAAAUGAAUGACCUUGACUGCCACCAGGACGUUCAUGGCGUGGAUGUGCUGGCGCGGCUCAUGAAACAUCCCAAGCUUCGCAAUUUCAACAUCGACGCCAAUCCCAAGCUCUGUGGUUGCCUGCCAUCGGUAGCGCUGCCACACCUGAGUAUCAAAUAUGGUGGAACCUCUGCCCGAAUUUGCGACAAUUUCGCAGAGUUGUAA